AUGUUGCCGGGAUACGGUAGUCAACAGUCAGUGCAAACGAAUAGCAGUAACUAUCAGAGAUAUCAGCCAGCGACAGCUGUUCGAACAUCAGCCUUUGCACCGGUAUCAUCGGCUGGUGCGCCUGUAGUUGGUGUGGAGCCAAAUCGACAUUUCAGAUCAGUAUCGGCGUCUGACCUUUACCAAAGCGAUCCGAAUGCCUCCUACUCCCAACGGUCAGUGGCUGGAUCCACUACUGGUGUUAGUGGGUUCGAUCGACUUCCUUCACAUUAUCGACACUCAAAUAGACCAACGGUUAUUCAGCCAGGACGACCGUCAGCCUCAUCACCUUCGGCGUUGCGACGUGGAGCUCAUUCGCCGGUGUCGUUGUACCGCCCACCAAGUGCUACGAAUCUUUUCGCUGCACCAAGGUCUCCAAACCCGCUACAACAGCAAGGUUAUGUCAGUGCAGGCUCACGAGAUAACUUGGACCAACACCGAAUGAGCGUACCAUCAUCGCCACCAGCAGCGCAUUCUUCACCUCGUGAAGAGCAUCGAGUACCACCUACGUCAUCCUCCACACAUCACUCGAUGGUCAACAACUACUCAUCCUCUCUUCCAUCUCCUCUGAAUCGACCCAGCUAUUCCAAUUCCAACUACCAGCAACUUCCUGUCAAAGCCAUCCCGACCGUAAGAUACCUCCCAAAAGGACCCACAUCACCGUCGUCACUACCGAACGGAAAUGUCGCCUAUGGAAAACCGCCAAUGUACAGCAAUCCGUCCGUAGGACGACCCCAGCAUGAAGCUGUGGUUGUUCGACCAAUCGAAUUGUCAAUGCCGAAAGAAGAAGUGAAUUUGAGGCAUCGUGACGAACAUCCACGAUCGACAACAACUUUUGGAGUUAUGGCACCGACAGCGUUUACCCAGGCGCUCCAAGCUGGAGGAGCACAUGAAGCUAGAGUUGUGCUGGCCCCUCCUCGUCAUUCGGGUAUCGACCGAGAGUUGCGGAAUUUGGAGAGGACCAACACGGCCCUUAUGUCUCAUGACGCAGUAAAUGAGGAAUUGGAUCGAUUAGAUGCGAAGGGUAUCAAUAUGACUGAAGAAGAAACUCGACGGUAUAGGGAACUGCUAAACGUGGCAUCGGAACAGACACGACGAAAUGAGCCAAGAACAGCUGCCGUUGUGGCACCGACGACGUUCGGGGUGCACCACUCGAAUGGAGAUAUGAGCAGACCGACUGCAAAUCGCACGGAGACGCUGAUUGAUGAUGUCGAGAGUAGUCCUGGGCGUAGUGCAAUGCGAGAAAACAUAUCCCCAGGAAAUUCAUACGAACGAAAGUCCGUCCAAUUCAAGGAGACGGUUUCUGUAAAAGAAACGGAAAUAAUGGAUUCUCCAUCGAUUUAUGGAACGAACGAAAUUUAUCGAGAUCCACGACAACAGCGAUUGAAUGAGCUACAGGAACGACAGGAAACUCGAGUGCCUGAUGGCUUGGGAUUCCGGGACAAGAUGCGUAUGUUUGCGACGCAACUCGGCGAAGGAACACCAAAGUCCCGUUAUAGCGCCAGUAGUGCUGAACGACAGAUUCAAAGCGAACAGUAG